GUAUAGUUAUAUUUAUUACGGUUUUAAUUAAUCUUUUAACAUUAUUUUUAAGUUAUUCGUUUUAAACGUAAUUGAUAAAUUAACAUUUGCAACAUCAAACAAUUCUGACUUAAAUUACAUCUUUAAUAAUUGUAAUUGAAAACGUUAACAUAUUAUUUAGUUCUUCCUGGUUACAUAAUAUUAUGUCAUUCUCGGUGCCAAGAUAAUCUUUUACAUUAUACAAUUUCAUUAAGAUCCAACAGUAAAGCCAUGGACCGCCCGAUUAUAGUGAACGAAUUUGAAGACAUGGGAAUGUCCAUACCCGACGACAUCAUUGAUGAAUGUGUCAUUGUAUGUCAUACACAUAAAAUAUCUGCAUCAGAUUUAGUUGGAUCUUGGAUAGCAUAUUGUGCAUCAUCUCAAAUCGAUUCAAAUGAUUUAAACAAAGAUAGACUUGCUACUUUAGUUAAAUCUUUCAAGGAUGAUGACAAAUUAAAAGCCAAUGACAAGAAAUUGUUUGAAAAUAAAUCCAAUUUAAAUGAAUCAGCAGCUCCUACAGAAUUAGUUGAUAGUCCAUCAUCAUUGAAAAGUACACAUGGAACUAAUAUUAUACAAAUAGAAAACGAAUUCCAAGUGUCUGAUGUUAUUGAUGGAGAUAAUAUAAAAGAAGAAAAUGAGUUUUCUACUACUGGAGAUGUCACGUGCAAUUUUGGACUAGAAAAUGUUAACAAAAAUGAUUCGUCGGUUUACGUAGAAAAAUUGUGUUUAACGAAGCAAGAAUUAUGGGAUAACUUCAUUUUCGGUCAUGUAAAUUAUCAAAAAUUUGAUGAACAUGUUCAGGAGUUAGUGAAUGAUAUUGUCCAGAAGAAUGACCUUAAACCUGUAACAUCAUUGUCUGGAUUGUACUGUGGAAACAACACAGAAAUAACUAUUUCUGGUAGUUUGCGGUUAAUAAAAAAAGAAUUGUUCCUCGAUUCCUUGCACGGUUUUAUAAAACUCGAUUUGUCCGAAGCCGAACAACCCAUAAAAUCAUUGUUUGUGAAUCAGAUUUUAGUUGUUACCGGAACUAAUCCUAAUACUAAAGUAUUUAAAGUCAAACGAUUUUAUACUGAUGCUUCGUUGCCGUUGUCAAAAAAAUUACCAAGCUUUACAAAAGGUAACUUGAACUUAUUGGUCGCCGCGGGACCGUUUUUUACUGAGUCGUCUCCACAUGGAAAGUUGUUAAAAUCCCUAAUACAAAAAACAGUCGAUUUGGAAGCACAAUUGCUGAUAUUGUUAGGUCCGAUAUUUGAUCCAGAUUUUGGGCCGCAGUUAAACAAAAGGACAACAGAAGACAUUCAACAAUGUUAUGACGAAGUGUUAGAUGCUACUCUGAAACCGUUGUUUAGCAAUCCUGGAACACAAAACAUAAAAUUGUUGAUGUUAAGUUCAUGGAAAGAUUCCGAAAAUUAUGCUUUCUACCCAACGCCUCCAAAUACUGAGUCGACCUUGCCAAAUUUGUAUCCUAACAAUGUUUAUAUGUUAUCUGAUCCAAGUGUGUUUUCUGUCAAUGACAUAAUAAUUGCCGGCAAUGCUAGCGAUUCUCUUAUGGGUCUACACGUUUCAGCAAUCAACAAAACAAAAGAAGAAAUGUUUACUAAACUAGCCAAACAAAUUAUAUGGCAACGAUGUUUGCACCCUUCAUAUGUUGCUAACCCUAACGUUUGUGUGGAUAAUCUACUAUGGUUAGAACAUUGUACAUUGCAGCAAAACACUCCACAUAUUAUAUUAACAUCUUCACAACUCCGUACAUUUAUAAGAAUAGUUGAUGGUUGUAUGGUUAUCAACAUUGGACAGUUAAUCAAACAUAACUCUCAAAAACAAGCAGUAUCUGGAACGUAUGGUCUAAUUCAAAUAGCUCCUCCAAAAGAUGGCAGUUGGUCAACUCAGAACAAUAUUUCAGCUGAAAUUGUUCAUAUUUAAUACAUAAGCAGUUUAUUAUUUUUAUUUUUACUUUUAUUUUUUUGUAAAAAA